CUGAAUCUUCAGAAGGAAAACAUCGAAGAAUCUGGAUCUGCAGAAAAUUCAACUUCAGAAUCUCAUCAAGUCAAAGCACCGCCUCCAUCAUUUCCCACAAUUUUCUCGCCAACUGAACCGAAACCCAUGGAUUUCUCCGAAAUUCCAAAAGAAGUGGAAGAGCCACCAAAACCAGUGGCGCCAAAAAUCGAAGCUUCUUCUGGUGGAGGUGGUGGAUUCGCUGAAAUGUUGCAAAAAAGAGCGCAGCGAACUGCGGAAGCCAAUCGAAAUGGUAUAUUUGGAGAGAAAAAAGAGUCGGAAGGAGAGGUUCAGUGGAAAAAAGCGGCUGAGAAUUUGAGUAGUCGACCUUUGAUUAUCAAUGAUUUGGAUUUUAGUGAAUUCCAUGCUAAGGAAUUUGAGCAAGAUCCAUUGCAACUUGCAAGAGCCGCGAAAAUUGCCGAAAAUCCUGGGCCAAUUAGGAAUGGAGGCUUGGGAGGAGGAGGAGUUCCACCACCACCACCUCCACCAAUUUCUGCAAUCCCAUUACCUCCAAGAUUACAAGGUUUGAACGGAACUGGAGGUGGAAUUCCGCUUGCACCACCUUUGGGAAUUAUUCCACCCCCACCUCCACUUUUACCUGGAAUUCAUGAUGCACGAGAUGUUAGUCCGGCUGCUGCGAAUAAAGGAGUGCUGAAAAUGCACUGGAAACCUGCAGCUGUUGAACCGCCGCCAAUUCCAUCGCUGAAACAGAAGGUGAGAUAGUGUGGGUUUGAAGAGAGCGCAGAGAAAAAUAAGCAGCGCCCACUUUUUCAUUAAAGAAAUUUUAGGCGCUGCUUAUUUUUCUCUGCGCUCUCUCAAAAUAAUGCAUAGGCGCUGCUUAUUUUCAAAAAGUGGGCGGAGCUUAGCAGCGCCUAUGUAUUAUUUGAAGAGAGCGCAGAGAAAAAUAUGCAGCGCCCACUUUUUCAUUGAAGAAAUUUUAGGCGCUGCUUAUUUUUCUCUGCGCUCUCUCAAAAUAAUGCAUAGGCACUGCUUAUUAUUUUUAUUCGCUCUCCUGUUCGGUAGAGCGCGCUUUCCCAAUUUUCUCAAUUUUUCAUCAUUCCAGGGAAGCUUCUGGAAUACAGUAGAUGGAACUUUGCCAAGAUUCGACGCGAAAAAAAUCGUACAACUCUUCGAAACCAAAAAAGACAAAGAACAAAUUGUCAAAAAAGUUGCUGAAACAAAAUCUCAAACUUUGUCAGUUCUACCGCUUAAAAGAUCGCAAGCUAUAAAUAUUGGUCUAACAAAACUUCCACCAAUAAAUGUAAUUCCGGCAGCAAUUAUGAAGUUCGAUUCAAUGGUUUUGAAUAAAGAUGGAAUCGAGAAAAUAUUGAAACAAAUGUUGCCAUCACCAAAAGAAAUUGAGGAAAUUGAGAAUAAAGUUGCUGAAAAUCCCGAAAUGACAUUGGGAAAUGCUGAACAAUUUUUGUUGAAACUAUCAGCGAUUCCAAGUUUAUUAGAGCGGCUGAAAUUAUGGUUAUUCACUUUGGAUUAUAAAAGUUCGGAAAAAGAUAUUGCUGAACCAUUGAUGGAUUUGCAAUUGGCGAUGAAAGAAAUGGAAGAAUCGAAGACUUUUAAAGUUGCGAUGGGAAUGUUGUUGGCUAUUGGAAAUUCGUUGAGUGGAACUGAGGUUAGCCUAAGUUUUUGGAUUACUGUAGUUUUAUAGCAAUUACUUGAGAAACGCAGAGAAACAUAAGAGGCCAAAUUUCCAAUGAAAAGUUUGGGCGCUGCUCAUUUUUCUCUGCGUCUCUCAAAAUAAUGCAUAGGCGCUGCUUAUUUUCAAAAAGUGGGCGGAGCUUUUAAAAAUAAGCAGCGCCUAUGUAUUAAUUGAAGAGAGCGCAGAGAAAAAUAAGCAGCGCCUAAAUUUCUUCAAGAAAUGUGGGCGCUGUUUAUUUUUCUCUGCGCUCUCUCGAAAUAAUACAUAGGCGCGCCUAUGUUUAAAAUCGAGAGAGCGCAGAGAAAAAUAAGCAGCGCCCACUUUUUUCUCUGCACUCUCUCAAAAUAAUGCAUAGGCGCUGCUAAUUUUUUUUCCAAAUUUUCCGAAUCCAAAAAAAAAUGAAAUUUUUGCAGAUCAAAGGAUUCUACCUGGAUUAUCUCACAAAAGCGUCGGAAGUAAAAGAUCCAGUUUAUAAACAUACUCUAACUUAUCAUUUAGCUGAAUAUAUGGUUGAACAUUAUCCAGAAGGAACUGAUUUAUAUAGCGAAUUUGGAGCUGUCGCAAGAACAGCUCGUGUUGAUUAUAAAGAAUUGUUGGACAAUUUAAUGCGACUCGAAAAAGAAUGCAAAACAUCUUGGGAAUAUUUGGCGAUUAUUUCGAAAAACGACAAUUCGAAUAUGAAACAAAAAAUCAAUGAUUAUUUGAAUGACGUGGCACAACGAAUUCAUCAAUUGAAAGCGAUUUAUACAGUAACCAAGAAUCGAUGGCACACAUUUUUAUUAUAUUUUGGUUAUUCUGUGGAUGAGAUUCCGAAUCAGAAUCCGAAUGAGGUUUUUAAAAUGGUCACCGAAUUUUCGCUCGAAUAUCGAACUACACGCGAUAAGAUUUUGGCGCAGAGAAAACGGAUGGCUGAGAAAAGAGAGAGGAAAUAAGACGAGGGGAAAAAUAUGGGCACUUGAAAAUCAGAAUCAGACACAGGAACAACAACCGGAACGAGAGAAUUUCCGAAGGAAAAAUAUAGCACCUGUCACAAAUUCGCUGGAAAGACACGAUGAAAUGUCGAGAAUUUUGAAUGGAGUUGCGAAUGCUGAAAGAAGACGAGCACCGCCCAAGAAUUUUGGAGGAAGUGUGAAGGAUUUGGUGGAUAAUGAGCCUGAAGAUGAGAUUUUGAAUGGAUUGGUGAAAGCUGCCACGUUGCAAACUUUUGAGGGUAGAGAUCAAAGGAGAAGAGCCAGGCAAUUCAACAGAAAAUCAUGUGAGCUUUUCAGAAAAGUAUUUUUUUUUCAUUAAAAAUAUUGAUUUUUUGCAGUGCGCCGAACGAGAACGUUGAAAAUGGUCGAUGGACAAUUGGAGACUUGCAACUAUUAA